AUGCUGCCACUCAUUCUGUUGGGAGCCGGGCUCCUUGCCGUUUUCCUCUACAAUAGGUUGCGAUAUCAUCGCUUCCAGCAGUAUGCCUCUCUACCACAGAGACCACCGUCCCUCCUGUGGGGCAACAUGAAGGAGGUGCAGGAGUGGGCGACGAACGGAGAACCAGAUCGCCAUCCUGACUUGGGUUUCAAAUGGAUGGGUGAGCGUCUGGGCAGCCCACCAGUCUGGUUGCUUGAUAUUCGCCCUUUUGCGCCGUUUGCCACGGCUGUCAUCCAAAAUCACGAGGUGGCCGACCAGAUCGCCAAGGGAUCCAAGACCUUCCCUUACAGUACACCUAGGACGAGUAAUGAAGAGUGGAAGGCCUUGCGAAAGCGCUUCAAUCCAGGCUUCGCACCGCAGCACCUCUUAACGCUUCUCCCCACCAUCCUGGACAAGUCGUUUCGCUUCCUGGAAAACCUUGAUCAAUAUGCCCGAAGCGGCGAGAUUGUCCGCAUGGACAAAUUGACCACUGCCCUCACAUUCGACAUCAUCGGAGCCGUGACCAUGGAUAUCGACCUGGAUGCACAGCAGCUAGAUCAGUCCCGACGCAGCGAUUUCAUGAACCUGUACAGCGAGAUGCUCGCCAGCUUCACCAACGAUCCCGGCCGCCUGCCCUGGUGGAUGACCCCACGAAGGAACUUGCGUCGUCGUGCCAUCGGGAGGGCCAUCGACCGGCAACUAGAGGCCAUGAUCCGCUCCAAGUCGACCACGCUCCGCCACGCCGAGCAGGGAGAUCGCGUCCAGCGCAGUGUGUUUGACCUCUGUGUGCAGGGCACCGAGUCGAGCGACCUGCCAGCUGACGUUGUCACCUCGACGCGUGACAAUGUGAAGACUUUCCUCUUCGCCGGACACGACACGCUGAGCACGCUUCUCCUGUGGAUCUUCUACGAGCUCUCGCGGACACCUCGGGUGCUCAAGGCCGUGCGGGCGGAGCUAGACGACAUCUUUGGACCAGAUCCAGACCCAGAGGUCGUGAGGGCACAGCUGGCCGCCCCUAAAGGCGGAAAUCUCAUUCGGCGCAUGACGUACGCCUCUGCCGUGAUCAAGGAGUGUUUGCGUCUUUACCCGCCGGCAUCCGCCAUGCGAGGCGUGCCCAAGGGGUCAAAUUUCAGCGUUCGCACCCCGCAGGGUCAAGAGCUGUGCCUGGAUGGCUUGGCAGUUUACAUCAAUCACUAUGCCAUCCAGCGAGACCCAGGCGUGUAUGGGCCCACGGCCAAUGACUUUGUGCCUGAGCGUUGGCUGGGCGACACAGAAACAUCUAAUGCCAAAACUGAGGAUGGCGGAAUUGGCGAGUCUGAGAAAAAGACAACGGCAGCAGCAGCAGCGGUACCGAAUGGCAACGAGCAUCGCAAAUUCCCUGCAGCGGCAUGGCGGCCGUUUGAGCGUGGGCCGAGGGACUGCAUUGGCCAGGAACUUGCCAACGUUGAGGCACGUGUCAUUAUGGCCUUGGUGGCUAGACGUUAUGAUUUUGUCAAGACCGGGCUCGGCGAGCUUGAUCUCGAUGAGAAGGGUCUACCUGUACUCAACGACAAGAAUCAGUACAAGGUUAAGCAGGAUGUCUACUGUACUAUUCAGAUCACAUCGAGACCCAAAGAUAGUACGAUGAGAGUGAAGAUGGCUUCGACUGUUUGA